AUGUUUACGCGUCGCGCCGUGUCUUCGGCGGUUGGCGCCGCCACGGUGAUGUCCUCUUCCCUGGCAAUGCAGCGCCGCCACGACCACGACCGCUGGUACGGCCACGCUCUGGAGCUGGACACGCACAACUACAAGUUCAACGGCGAGCCGCCAAGUUGGAUGAAGACACACGCCAAGACAGAGGAGGAAACCGCCUUCGCCAAGACUGUGCUGCCUCACAUCGACUUCGCCUCCAGCUACGAGUGCUUGCUCUUCGAUGCGGAUCGCCUAAACACCCAUCUCAACCGCAAGGAGUUCGGCAAUGAAAUCAAGUACCGCCUCGAGAAGCAGGCCAAUACCGUCGCCAGGGCGCAGCAGCUGCUCAGGGACAAGAAGGCCGGCACCGGCCCGGACGCCGAGAAGGUGGAGAACACGCUCAUUGCCCGCAUCUUCGAUGAGGAGCACGUGCAGGCGGAGAUGAAAUACGUCAAGUGCAUCCGCGCGAACGAGUUGGCAGAGGACAACCGCCUCGAUAUCCUGCCCGGCGGCUCGCCGAACUCGCUGCGUGAGAAGACGCGCUGGAACCUUAAUACGGAGCUACACCCGGCCGACCGUGCAGAGAUUGGUGCUCGCCUGACGGCGUGGCUGCCGGAGAAGUACCAUAUUGUGUACUUCGAUGACUUCCAGACCGUCGCCGCCAACGACGCAACCGCCCGCAAGGAGAUGCUGGAGAUCGUGGAGAGCGUGCAAAAGGAGUACACCGCGGAGGCGAAGGAAGGCGGCUACGAGAAGGACCUCAAGGAGACCGUGGCAGAGCUCAUGGACGAUGUCGACCCGACCCGCACCAUCACGAUGGAGGGUAUCAAGGCCUGCAAAGACCUCGAGCAGCUGGAGGCCUGGUCGCGCCAGGUGCACGAGUACAACGGCGACGACCGCAUCAUCGAGAUCUACGCCCGCGCUGCUGAGAUCACGAAAAACGCGGAGCACCAGGCGCUGGUGAGGCAGAUGCGCGAGUGGCGCAAGCUGGCCACGAAGAACUAG